UAAAUAUGAUAAUUGUGUGGGUGUUUCCGGUUUUUGUACAAAUGAAGUAAAUCUAUAAUUUAUUCAUUUUGUGGUGUACGCACUUAUUAAAAGUUGACUCUAAUAAGUUAAAUUAAAAGUUAUCUUAAAAAAUUGUUUAAAGAAAAAUGCUUUAUUUUUUAAGCUUGUUGUUGAUUAUAUUCUUCAUAAAUAAAACGAAUGCUGAGUGCCAUCAAGAUGAUGCAUAUAAUGAAUAUUAUCAUAGGGGACGUAUCUACUACAAUGGGUACAAUCAGAGGAACGAUAUUCCAAAAGAAGAAAUACUUUGCACAAAUUUAAGUUCUAUUCAGGACAUUUUUUAUUCUUUCCAAACCGGAUCUUAUGAGCAAAAUUUAGUAAUUGCAGGCUCAAAUAUCACAACCAUAAAUCCAUCUGAACUAGCCCAAUUCUCAACAAUAAACAAACUAUUUUUAAAUGGACAACACGUUGAGAACAUCUUGCCAGGAGCUUUCACCGGUCUCGUAUCUCUGCAAGAACUGCACCUCAACGAUAACAACUUAACAAAAAUUCUGAACGGUGUCUUUAAUUCCUUACAUAGUUUGAUACUUCUGAAUUUAAAAAAUAACAAAAUUCGACGAAUUGAAACUUUUGCUUUUAUGGGUAUGUCUAACUUGAAACAAUUAUAUUUAAAUAGGAAUAAUAUUUCCGUUAUUGACAAUGGAACUUUUGAAAAAUUGCAUAUGUUGACAAAUCUUGAUGUAUCGCACAAUCCAUUAAAACAAUUUCCUUUUGGUGAUUUGUCGGAGAUUAAUGAACUACAAUUGUCAAAAACAGAAUUGAAUGGAAUAGAUCACGAUUUGUCAAAUUUAUCGAUGAACUUAUUUAAUCUGUCUUAUUGCCACUUGUCCACCUUAGACUUUGCUUAUUUCCCACAAGUUAAGAAUCUUUUUUUAUCGCAUAAUCAAAUUCUUGUCUUGGAAAAUUGUCAAAAGCUUAAUGCUACAAAUGUUCGCCUUGACUAUAACAAAAUAAAAAACACCGAUGAAAGUUUUAAUAGCAUUCGACUGGAUUUAAGUCAUAACGAAAUCGGAAUUCUGAAAACUUUAAAACCAAAUUCUGAAAUUCUUGAUUUUAGUUAUAACAACAUAUCCAAACUAGAAAGUUGUGUUUUUUGUAAUUUAACAUCUCUACAACAAUUAAACUUACGACAUAAUAUUAUAUCCAAAAUUAAUCCUAAUUUAUUUCGCGACUUGCAAAAUUUGGAAGCGUUGGAUUUGUCCCAGAACCAAAUCGAAGAAUUUUCGUACGGACUUUUCGACAGUUUAAUCAGUCUUGUAAGUUUAAACAUUUCCAACAAUAAACUAAUCCAGUUAAAUUACUUACACUUUCUACCAAAUUUACGAAACUUGUACUUUGACAACAAUUUAAUUACAGCGUUUGAUUCAAAAGAACUAGUUCAGCAUUUGCCAAAACUGGCAUUAAUUUCUUUCAACUCAAAUCCACUAUCAUGUAAAGAACUUGUCGCAGUUGUUCAUUAUCUUCAAACCAACAAAAUUACCAUAAUCGAAGGUUAUUCAUACGAUCUCGAAAACGUGCGAGGUGUCGCUUGUACUAAAUCAAACACGUCUUCUCCAUCUGUCCAAAACUUUAUACAAAAUUUUGAAAAUUCUCUUAAAAGUAUUUCGUUCAAAGGCAUGAUCCAAAAUUUGCAAAAAUCUGUAAGUGAUAGUUUGGAGAAAAUGAAAAUCUUAACUGAUUUUAACAAUUCUAAUUUCGUUCAAUAUUUCGAGAAAGGCUUCACUCAAAGUAAUUUUUUUAAAUAUUUAGAAAAUCAUAAAUUUAUAACGUACAAUUUGAACGGAAGCAAGUCGGAAAAACUGAUAGCACAACCCACGCGAGAAGUCGCCGAUAAUAAAGUAUUUGUAGUUAGUCUGAUCAUUCAAAUUGUUAUGUUAUUAGCGUUAAUGUUUAUUAUCUACCUUAGGCUCAGCUCGAAAAAUGUUGCACACAAGAAAAUAGAAAUGUCUCAAUUAGAGUUGUGUUGAAUUGUAAUUUUAGAAAUAGUUAUGUAAUAAUCAAAGUGUGUAAAAGAGAAAUAAAGGGCUCGAACGCUA